UGUAAUUUUGUAUUAUUAUUUUAAUUCAAAUUUAAUCAUCAAUAGUACUGUAUUGACAAAUUAUUAAAUAAUAUAGAUAUCCUUUCACAAUGGCUGACGUUAGCAAUGAGGCAGACGCUUUGGAAGAGCCUGUACAGCUCUCUAAAGGAAUAAACCUUAAAGAACUAUUGACGUCUAACUCGGAGUUCUGCAUUGACCUGGAUUACAAGAAUGCACAUAAAGCUAUGAAGGCUGAUCCUCUUCUUAAUGAUGACUUGUUUGGCGUAGAUGAUGAUGAUGAAGACAGUGACAUUCUGAAAACUUUGGAACAGACCACAGAGUAUGGCAUGCUCUCGAGCCCAGAGUACCACUCCUUCGAUGAGCUAGCGGCCAAGAUGACGGACUGCAUACCUACCGGGGAAUGCAAGAUGCUUGUGUUAGAGGAAGGUGACCCAAAGAACCCGCUAGUACCCUAUGAUGCAGAAGUGACUAUCCACUAUGCAGCAUACUGGGAGAAGGAGAAGAUACCCUUCGAUUCCACACUCACCAUGAAUUUUGGGAAACCCCAGAAACACCGCUUGGGCGAGGGCAGACUGAUCCCCGGGCUCGAGAUAGCCCUGACACUGGUGCGGGGCCCCACGGCGCGGCUGCUCGUGCUGCUGGCGCCCGCGCUGGCGUGGGGCGCGCGGGGCGUGCCCCCGCGCAUCCGCGCCGAGCGCGCCCUCUUCGCGAUCACCCUGUACGCCGUCCGCGACCGCGCUACUCCUGAACAGUUCAACAGCCUUCCAAAAGAAGAGCAGAAAAAGUACGAAAACAUCAUGAAGACAGUCGAAAGUCUACAUUUAGACGCCAAAAAACUAUUCUCGAAAAAAAAAUACAAACCAGCCAGGAACAACUACCAACAUGCCAUGCUGAUACUCAAUUCUGCCAACCCAGAAAAUGAAGAGCAAGCGGAAAAUAUUAAAAAGUUUAGAAUCAACACUUACGUCAACUUAGCUAUGUGUUACUGCAAACUUAACAAACCGAAUUACGCCAUUUCGAUGUUAGAAAACUUAGAUUACGUCUCGGAUGUAGAUAAGCAUUGUAAAGCACUGUUUUAUUACGGAAAAGCGUAUCAAUUACUAGGAAAUAACGAAGAAGCGUUAAAAUACUACAAAAAAGCUUUAGCUUUAGAACCUAGAAAUAAAGAUAUAGGUAAAACGCUGUCCGAAUUAGAUGAUUAUUUAAAAAAGUCAGUUGUAAAAGAAAAAGAACUGUGGCAGAAUGCCUUCCAGUCGACGCCGGCGAAAAAAGAAAAUAUUGUCUAUGACGUUGAAAAGGAUUUCGAAGAUGGCGUCCGUACGAUGUGUCAAGAUCUGACAGCUAAGAACGAAUAUGCAAAAUUCGAUCUACCCUCGGGUCUUUCUAAAGACGAGGUUUUGUGUAUCAAGUCUAUGAUCGGAGAUUUCGAAGGUUUAGUUUUAGUGGAAAACGGAGAAGGCCGAAGAAAAAAGAUGUCUAUUGUUAGGAAGUCUAUCGAAUAUAUUUAAACAUAACACCAGUGCUGAUCCACUGGGGACUUCUUUAUUGGAAAGACAUAGUUUUUUAGUUGAAGUCCAGUUUAAAAUUUAUUGAAUAUUUUUUUCACCACAGCAACUAAAGGCAUUCUUUGAUAUUCGAAAACGAAUAGCAAUAUUAAAUUUUAUCCACAAGAGUGCAAAGUAAUUUCAUUCAAAUUUGAACUUGAUGUCUGAAUGGGCAGGUAGAUUUUUACCUAUAAAUGAUGAUUUUGAAUCAUAAAUAUUUAAUAAAUUGAUGGAUUUGAUUUAGUUUGAUGUUUUAUAGUCGGUAUUUUGUUGGUGUGGUGAAAAAUUUUGUGUU